AUGGAGUCGGAGGUUGUCAUGAGGCUUAAGCACAUAAGUGCUGCCUUGAUGGGUUUACUACACGCCAUGUUUACUUCCUAUUACACGGAUCUGUUUGUGAGGCAGUACAUAUUAGUCACAGAAUCUCGGGAUUCCCUUUCUGAUGGUGAAAACAAUAAUAAUAAUAAUAAUAACUACUACAGUAAGGGAAUAUUAUUGUACUUUCUCAUUAGUCAAAUAUUAUAUGCUUUGUGGAAUAUUACAAAAGUUUUUGUAUUUACAUCUACUACCAGAAAAUUAUGUGCUUCGUUCAUCUCACGCGUUCAACUUUGGCGUUUAUCGCGUUGUGGUCCUAUUUGGACAAUAGUUUUUGCGCUCUUGUGGUUUCCCAUAAAUGUACAAUCAUCAUUAUUAUUUUUCUUUCUAAACCCUGCUAUUCAAUACACGUUAAUGAUUGCAAUUUAUGAUAUUCUUUUUUCUUAUUGUAAAACGGCAUUACUUACACCAUUUCUGCGAGAAUCAGAGACUUAUUAUUCAGAUAUGAGGGCUUAUGAUAUCUUGGGUGGUGUGGGAGUCUCUAUUGCCUGUUAUUUACGUGAGAUGGAGGGUGGAGAAUUGUAUGCAUUUCGUUGGUUCACAACCAUUUCCGCCGUUAUUGCUGGGCUUAGUUUGUAUAUUUGCGGGUUGAAAGAACACAACCAACAGAAAUGUUUAGAACGAACAGAAGGAAUGACAGAUAAUUCAAAUGAACUUCUACGAUUUACACAACAAACGAUGAAUCGUCCGAGUAUGAAAGCUGCCUUCUUAUUAUGGGGUGUUCAAGGAUAUAUGGAUACCUUUACAAUGUGUUUUUUCUGUCUUUUCUUAGACAUGUGCCGUGGGAGUGUUUCCCUUCCGGUUCGAUCUCUUUUGUUAUUUCUUGUCUUUGUGGCUCCAUAUACGGUUUUUGUGGCCACCGCCCCCUUCUACAGUACAGUAGGGAAGAAACGUAUUGUCAGUGUAUGCUUGAUAGUGCGAGUCCUGCUGGGCGCUCUGUUGCUUGCAUUGGCCCUGCAUGGGCUCGCAUUCUUUCCCAGUAUGAAUAGCAAAUCCUCCACGACACUGUUUGUGAUAUUUCUGUUUUCUAAUCGUACACUGACAGGGGCGGUGCGAUAUAUUCAGAAUUUGAUUUUUAGAGAUCUUGUAGAUGAGGAUAUUGUGAUAUUUGCACGGCCAUACCAGACGACAAGUGCCACACAUCAAGUACUAGAAAUAGCUUCAAAACCAUCUCGAUCCUUAGCCAUCUUGCUAACGUCUCUUUUUAUUCGAUAUAUACAUAGCCAUGAGAACACGAGUGUUCUUGAUUAUAUUGCAGGUUUUGCUGCAGUGACAACGCUUGUUACGUCGUUGUUAGCACUUUGGGUUUGGCAGCGGUAUUACAGUAUUGACGGUUCUCAUUUGCAGUUUAUACGUAUGGGAGUACGUAAGCGGGGAGAUGAGGAUGUGUGA